AUGGCGGAGAGCGUAACUUUCUCCUCCUCCUCCUCCUUCAGCUUACGGCGAGAGGGUUACACAGUCCAGGUGAACGUCAACGACUACCUGGACAUCUACUGCCCCCAUUACAACAUCUCGGUGCCCGAGGGGCGCAUGGAACAGUACAUCCUCUACAUGGUGAACCUGAAGGGGUACCAGGCGUGCAACAUCAGCCUAGGCUCCAAACGCUGGGAAUGCAACCGGCCUCGCGCCCCACACAGCCCCAUCAAGUUCUCGGAGAAGUUUCAGCGUUACAGUGCCUUCUCGCUGGGUUAUGAAUUCCACGCUGGACAGGAAUACUACUACAUCUCCACUCCGAUGCAUAAUCACCACCGGUCCUGCUUGCGAAUGAAGGUUUUCGUCUGCUGCCGUUCCCCGCCGUUUUCUGGGGACAGAGCAAUAUCAACUCUUCCGCCGUUCACUAUAGGGCCCGAAGUGAAGAUUGAGGAUCUGGAUCAUUUUAACCCGGAGAUGCCCAAACUGGAGAAAAGCAUCAGCGGAACCAGUCCGAAAUGGGAACAGUUGCCUUUAGCCUUGGCGGUGGCUUUCUUCCUUAUGAUUCUCCUGGCCUCCUAGCUGUGUGGAUUGCAGGAGGAGGAGGGGGCCAGCAGUAGUCCCCUCCCCACAUCGGCCCGGUCUCCUCCCCAAGGUUUC